AUGGCUCUAAAUGGAACAGCUGGUACAAACACAGGAAUAAACGCUACAGCAGGAAAUGGCUGGAUUUACUUCAUAAGACCAACCGCUCCCUUCUGGAUCAGCAACUUGAUUACCAUCAUAGCAGGACUAGGUGGAAACGUCUUGGUGUUUGUUUUACUGAGAGACGUCAAGUUUUCCUUCCUAUCCUACCCAAUGUAUUUGAGAUUUAUGGCGCUGUCGGACAGUGCUGUUUUAAUUGCGUAUGGCAUACUCCAGUCGCUGAGAUACUUUCACGUGUUUCAUAUUAUCUCGAACUAUGUCUGUAGUUUAUGGAUGUUCAUCAGUUACUCAUCUAUGCUCCUAUCCCCGUGGCUGGUCGUGGGACUGACUGUGGAUCGGUUCUACUGUGUUGUUUUCCCAAUGAAACGUGACAGAUUGUGCACUAAAAGAAAGGCCACGAUCGUCUGCUGGUGUCUGGCUACCUUGUCAGGGGUGCUGACGAUACCGUUAGUGCUUGACCCAAUGAAAGUAAAGGGAUUAACAACAGCAUGCUUUUUUAAAAAUCAACAUAUAACCUACUUUUAUUUCGUACGUCUGGUUCUCAGUUCAACCCUUCCCUGCCUCUUGAUUCUCAUCUUCAACAUUGUGAUUGGAUUCCACAUCCAGCGGAGCGCCACGUUCCGAAAGAGAUUCACCUCAUCGACCAGCACUGCCAACACUGAGUCGAAGCUGGACAAGUCAAUUCGUCCUCUUAUGCUCAUCUCCAUUUUGGCUUUCGUAACAAUGGUCCCAUUAGCUAUAAUAGAGUGCAUUCUUGGGUUCCUGAUAGUAAAUGAAUCAGGAUUUCAAACCGUAGCGAUCCUCACUAAACUGUGGCCAAUGUUCUACAUUUUAUACCUGAUCAAUUUUGGACAGAAUCUGUACAUCCUGAUGGCCAGUUCAGCUAACUACAGGAAGAUCAUGAAGACAAAGCUGACGUGCAGGGGCGGGAACUCCUCCAGACUGAACGACAAUGUAACAGUGUCGCGAUUUCCAUGGCAACCUGCUGCCUCUGUUGAUUCCUGA